UAUACGUGAAUUUUCCUUCGUAACAGCUUUCACGAUAUAUUUUUAUCGUGUCGUUUAUUAAAAAAAUUUUCGCCUACAUUGACAUUUAAAAAAUAAAACACAAUGAAUAUAAUUAUUUGUCAUCGAUAAACAGUGCUUUCAAAUUAAUCAAUAAUUUACAAAUAAAUAUAUCAACAAACUUGAUAUAUUUUUACGAGUAAAUUUUGUGUUUUUUUUUUUUUUUUUUUUUAUUCAACAAAAUUUGUGUUGUGUAUGUGUUGUGUAUAUAUAUAUUUUUCAAUAUUUUUUCUUCGUCACUCGUACCUUUAUUUUCAUUAGUCUGUCUUUAUAUUUUUAUUAUUAUUUAUUUUUCGUUUCCCUUUCGAAAAACGUUAUAUUUUUUUUUUUAUAUAUUAUUUUUGUGGUCAGCUAUAUGUACCAGUGUGUGUGGUACAGACUAACAUAAGAUAAUUUAGCGCAUCAUGACUAAAAGAAUCAUAAAAUCAAAUAUAUAAUAAAACAAUUAAAACUUAGGCCUUUUGCAAAAUGAUGCAAAAAAAAAAAAUAAUAAUAAUAAAAAAUAAAUAAAUAAAUUGCGUCUGUGUGGAUUUCGCGAUGAAAACUGGUCUCGUCACUGAUAUUGUGAUUAUUGUUAAUCAUUUGUAUUUUAGAAAUAAUAUUUGUUGCCUCACGUGAAUGUAGCUGACAAAAAAAAACAAUAUCAACAAAAACAAAAAACAAUUUAUAAAUAUUAACAACAACAACAACGACAGUUGAAGGGCUGGCCCUAGUUUUUUACGACGUAAUUCAAAUUGUCUGUUGAAUAACAGUGAAUAAUAACAAUAAUAAUAAUAAAAACAAUGAAUUGUGGAUAAAAUGUUAAACGUUCAUGAAGAAAACACGGUGUUCAUGGACAUUGCCUGAGGUGUCACAACGUCAAUUUAAUAUUUAAUCACCAGCUGAAGAAGUUACUGUUAAAAAAUAUUUAAAUAACAACAACACAAGAUUAGUUGUUGGUUUUUUUUUUUUUUUUUUUAUUAUUUUGUUUUGUUUUGGUAGCUGAUACUUUGACGACAAGAGUGUGAGUGUUUGAGAUCGUGAUGGAGAGUUCCGAGGAAACAACUAGCCUCCAGUCAAUAUGUCAUCUUCGUGCAUCUGAGUUAUUUCCAAAGCAUGCUCAAUUUGAAAAUGAGGAUCCAUCAUUAACAGUGCCAUUUACACCAUUAAGUGGUGAAUUUGUUGUUGCACUUGGACGUACAUCUGAUGGUAUAUUAGCAUUAUCAAAUUAUCGUCUUUAUUUACAAUUGAGCCAGGCAUGUUAUAAUAUACCACUUGGUCUUAUUGAACAACUUGAAGUUAAGGAAAUUUUUUACUUACAUAUUGGCUGUAAAGAUGCACGUUCAGUAAGCUGUGCAUUUACAACAAAUGAACAUUGCUUAGAAUGGUUUAAACGUCUUCACAAAGUAACAUAUCCACGUAAAAGUAUUGAAGAUAUAUUUGCAUUUGGUUAUUAUGCAUGGUCAAUUGAAGAGGGUAAAUCAACAUAUCCACGUCUUGGUAAAUUAAAUACAACUUAUUCAACAACAUUUAAUUCAGAAGUUGAACGUAUGAAAUUUAAUUUACAUGGUUCAUGGCGUAUUAGUCAAAUGAAUAAAGAUUAUCGUAUUUGUCCAUCAUAUCCACCACAAUUAUUAGUACCAGCAUGUAUUAAUGAUGAAACACUUGAGGCUGUUGCUAAAUUUCGUAGUUCACGUAGAAUACCAGCAAUAGUAUGGCGACAUACUGGUAAUGGUGCUGUUAUUGCACGUAGUAGUCAACCAGAAGUUGGUUGGCUUGGUUGGCGUAGUGAUGAAGAUGAAGAAUUAUUAAAAGCAUUAUCAGCAGCAUGUUCAUAUGAUCGUGGUGAAUCAACAAUGAUUGAUACACAUAUUACAACAAAUGAUGUACAACAAAUUGAUGAAACAAUUAUAACAACAAAUAAUAAAAAAAAAGUAUUAAUUGUUGAUGCACGUUCAUAUACAACAGCUGUUGCAAAUAGAGCACGUGGUGGUGGUUGUGAAUGUCCAGAUUAUUAUCCAACAUGUGAUAUACAAUUUAUGAAUCUUCCAAAUAUACAUUCAAUUAGAAAAAGUUUUCAUUCAGUAAGACAGCUAUGUGCAUCUGAUGCUGAUCAACCAAAUUGGCUAAGUUUAUUAGAAGGUACAAGAUGGCUACAACAUAUGUCAGGUUUAUUACGUGCUGCUGUAACUGUUGCAUCGGCAAUUGAACGUGAUGGUAGACCAGUACUUGUACAUUGUAGUGAUGGAUGGGAUAGAACACCACAAAUUGUUGCAUUAGCACAAAUAUUAUUGGAUCCAUAUUAUCGUACAAUGGAAGGUUUUCAAAUAUUAUGUGAACGUGAAUGGCUUGAUUUUGGACAUAAAUUUGCUGAUCGUUGUGGACAAACUGUUGGAUGUGAAGAUCCAAAUGAAAGAUGUCCAGUAUUUUUACAAUGGCUUGAUUGUGUACAUCAAUUAAUACGUCAAUUUCAAUGCAGUUUUCAAAUGUCAUCAGCAUAUAUUGUUAAACUUGCACAACAUACAUAUUCACAAUUAUUUGGUACAUUUUUGUGUAAUACAAGACAAGAAAGAUUACAUUUAUCAAUUAGAGAACGUACAUUUUCAGUAUGGAAAUUUUUAAAUUCAUCAUCAUUUUUAAAUCAUUUAUAUUCACCAACUAAAAAUCAGAUAUUAUGGCCAAGUUGUAAUGUACGUGAUCUUGUUUUGUGGUCUGAAGUUUAUCUUGGUUCAAUGGACAUUUCACCAAAACCAGAUAAACAACGUGUUUCAUCACUUAUUGACAUUGAAACAAGUGAAAAUGAAGAGCCACAAGGACAAAUGACUAAAACACGUUCAUAUGGUGAUUUAAUACAUGCACCAGAUCAUCUAGUUUAUCUUCAUCGCAGACUAAGUGAUCCCAGUAUUUCAAUUGAAAAAAAAUUCGACUCGACAAAUAUCGAUAACGAAUCAGAUAAGACUGAAGAUGAUGAUGAUGAUGAUAAUACAGAUGAAAAAAUUAAUGCAAUUGAAGAAUCAUGUACUGAUAUUGAUUCAAGAAAAAAUUCAUAUAAUAUUAAUCAAAAAAUUAAUGAUAUAUCAGCAAAUCCAUCAGUUGAUAGUUCAACAGAUACAUUGAUACCUAAUAGUGAACCAGCAUCAAUAACAAAAGAUGAAGUUGACACAAUACAAAAACCAAAUGAACCAGCUGACAAUACAAAUUCUUGUCUAGAUAAUAAUGGUAUUGUUAAUCGUGGUGGUACAUGUAUUUGUAAUCGUUUUCAACAUGAAGAAAGUGAUGUUAGUGAAACAAGUAUACCAAUUGUAUCAAGAACACCAAGUAGUAUUUGUCCAGCAUCACCAACACAUCAAGAUAUUAUUAUUGAUAAUCCAUCUGACAGUAUUGAUGAUGUUGAUGGACUGCCAGUUAUUCAUUGUGAUGUACAGUUACGUGUUCAACAAAUCAUCGUUGAGCAUAAGGUCAAAGAGGAGGCAUUGAGGAAAGAGCUGCACACAACACGGCUGGCUUUGAUUAAACAAGUAUGCAACAUUCACAGUGCAGAUACUGAUCGUAUUGAUGAUAUUGGAUCAUUGCCUGAUUCAGUGGGUAGUGUUGGUGAUCAUGGAGAAUCUUUACCAUCUGAAAUGUCAUGGGAAGCUGUUGAGGAGCUUGGUCCAGCACCAACACUCUGGGUACCAGAUCAUGCUGUUAAUCGUUGUAUGGGUUGUGAUACAGAAUUUUGGCUUGGUCGACGCAAACAUCAUUGCAGAUGCUGUGGUAGAAUAUUUUGUGCUGAUUGUUCUGAAAAUUCAACGCCUUUACCAAGUGAACAACUUUAUAAUCCAGUCAGGGUUUGUAGUGAAUGUUUUUCUCGAUUGCAUCAUCAUACAAGUCCAUGUCAAUGUGCACGAAAUAUAAUUAAAAAUCAAGAUAAUGAUAUAACAGAAAAAACAACAAUAACAUUAGCAUCAACAACCGUAACACCAACUACUCCAACAACAUUAACAACAACAAUAACAACAACAACAACAACUACAACAACAAAUAAUAAUACAGAUUUAACAUCACUACUAUGUCCAAGAUUAAAAAUUAUUUCAGUAUCAAAAGAAGGCUGCGCUGAGGCUUCAUUACAAGCAAAUCAGCAAAAAUCACAACCGUCCACGGUGACGAGCCAGGCAGUCAAUUAAAAAAAAAAUUAAUAAUUUUAAUUAUUUAUAAUAAAAAAAAUAUAUAUAUUAAAUAAUGGACUUGGCAAUUUAAUGGACGUUGACAUGAUAAUUUUAAAAGCUAAAAAAAUUAACGAAACGAAUCCCAGCUCCCCUCGGUGUUGUUCCACGAUCCUCGAAUUUAUACAACAAAUUUGUAAACAAAAAAAUAUAGCUAUAUUAUAUAUAUAUUUAUGAGAACGCGCACUGAAAGAUGAAGAAAAAUUAAACGAGUAGGCUGACGCAGAGUAAUUUAAUAUUUAUUUAAAAAAAGUUAUUGAUAAUAUUUCUACGAAAAUUAUUGUCGGUGCGAGAUAAAAUUGUAAUGUCGUUGAGAUUAAUUAAUGAGAGGUCAAUGAAAGAAUUUUAUUGUGUUUGGUAUAUCAGUAUACGAGAUUGUAAAUAUCUUGAUUAACGUGCGAAGACUAUUAUGAUAAUAAUACAAAAAAAAAAAAGUAAAACAAUUAUUAAUAAAAUUAAUUAUGCCUUACGCACGUGACUCAAGAAAUAAAUGCGAUUUGAUAGGCUGUGACAGACGUCUCGUUACCGGGCACGUUCAUGAUUGGACUGAUGCAAUGGUUUUUAAAAAAUUAUAAUUAAUUGGCUGCCCGGUUUAUGUUUACGUAAAAAUAUUUUAUUGUAUUUAUAUAUUGUCACAGUAUAAAAAAAAAAAAAAAAAGUAUUGGUAUUAUUUUAUGUUCAAUAAACAUAAACAAAUCAGAAAUAUCAAUAUUUGGUAGUCAUUUUAAAAAUUUAAAAAACAAAACGAAAUCGUACUUUUCUUCUUAAUUAUUAAGAAAAAAAAUCUUUAAUUAUAAACAAAAAAAAAACUAAAUAAAGUAUUGUUUGAUAAAUUUUAUUUUAGUGAUAUUUUUAAAAAAAGAAAAAAAAAAAAACAUUUUUUUUAAUAAAUCAAAUUGGCCCGGCAUCAUCGAGCCUGCCGUGUCAUCAUUAAAUCGCGAGACAUGUAUAUAAUGUAUUAAUUCAGUUUAAAUAUCCUUGCGAACAACUAACCCAUUUAUUUCUGGAAAAAGCAAAACAUAUUUUACAAAAAAUAAAAAAACCAGACAAAAUAAAGUUUCAUUCCGAUUUUGAAAAUAAAAAAUAAACUAAUUUAAAAAAAAAAGUCAAGCAACAACUUAUACCCAGCUGGAAUGAAA